AUGCGUCCCACAUUGUUCAUCCCAUCUCAUCUGCAGAUGUUCUCAACUACCACUUCGACUUCGAGGUAUGUCUUCGCUAAAUCUCCUCACUUUAUACGAUUCUUUCGAUCUACCUUCCUUCUUUCACACCCUUCCUUUCUCAGUCUGCGAUUUUGCUUCCAUUCUAAUUCCCCAAACCCGAUUAGCCUCCGAGAUUCCGUAGCGUUGUUCAAUCGCUUGCUCUCCAUGAGUCCGCCGCCCUCCAUUGUCGAAAUUAGUAAGAUUUUAGGAUCACUUGCAAAGACCAAACACUGCACCACUGCUAUCUCACUUUAUGCCCAGGCGGAAUUGAAAGGAUUCAAACCAUCUUUAGUUACACUGAACAUUUUGAUCAAUUGCUACUGUCACAUGUGUGACGUGACUUCUGCUUUUUCUUUACUGGGGAAGAUUUUCAAGUGGGGAUGUCAACCGGAUACGGUAACAGUUAAUACGUUGAUGAAAGGACUCUGCAUGAAAGAUGUAGGGCAAGCCCUAGACUUUCACGAUGACUUGUUGGCAAAAGGAUUUUGCUUAAGCCCAGUUACUUAUGGUACCUUAGUUAAUGGGCUUUGCAAAACUGGACAAACAAGAUGUGCUGUUAAGUUGCUCCAAAUGAUGGGGGGACGGAAAGUUAAAACUGUGCCCGAUGUGGUUAUAUACAACGCAAUCAUUGAUGGCCUUUGUAAAGAAGGGCUAGUAAGUGAGGCAUCUAAGUUGUGUUCUGAAAUGAUCAGGCGAGGAAUAUCUCCUGACAUUGUUACCUACACCACUUUAAUCCAUGGUUUCUCUAACGCCAACCAAUUGCAAGAAGCCAUUAGGUUGCUAAAUGAAAUAGUCAUGAAAGACAUCACUCCUCCUCCUCAUAUCUUUAAUAUACUAAUUGAUGCAUUUUGCAAAAAAAGAAGGAUCAUAGAAGCUCAAUCUGUAUUUGCUGAGAUGAUGAAAUGUUGUGUAAAACCUGGUGUUAUUACCUUUACUUCUUUGAUGAAUGGUUACUGUAUGAGGAAUGAUGUUAAUGAGUCCAUAGCAGUGUUCAAUAAGAUGAUCAGAGCUGAUUUGACACCUACUGUUUGGAAUUACAAUAUAUUGAUCAAUACACACUGUAAAUUAAAAAGGAUGGAUGAAGCCCUAGAUUUGUUUAAGGAAAUGCGCUGCAAGAAUUUAAUGCCUGAUACAGUCACUUACAACUCUCUUAUUGAUGGCUUGUGCGAAGCUAAGAGAAUGUCACAUGUGAAAGAUCUUGUUUAUGAGAUGCGUUGUAAUGGUCACGCUCCUAAUAUAAUAACCUGCAAUAUCUUGUUGGAUGCAUUUUGCAAAACAAAACUUCUUGAUGAGGCGAUUGCAUUAUAUCAGCAAAUUGUCAGUCAAGGAAUGAAACCUACUGUACAUACAUAUAGUAUACUAAUCGAUGGUUUGUGCAAAGGCGGUAGGUUGCACUUGGCACGUGAGAUCUUUGAAUUGCUUCUGACUGAAGGUCAUCAUGUAGAUGUCUAUACUUACAGCAUUAUGAUGAAUGGACUUUGCAAAGAAGGCCUUUUCGAUGAUGCAUUGACAUUGCUUUCAAAAAUGAAAGAGAAUGGCUGCCUCGCUGAUCUGGUGACAUUUAGAACACUUGUUGGAGCUCUUUUGAUGAAAAAAGAGAAUGAUAAAGCAGAGUUGAUUAUUCAUGAAAUGAUAGAUGCAGGUCGUCUUAAACAAUAA